CACCCCUUCCUGUUAUCCUUUAACGGCACUUCCAUUUUCUCCGUCAAGAUUCCCUCACUCGCCGUUAACUCACCGGCAAAACCCUCAAGAAACCUCAUCUCUGUACAAGAAGACACCACCUCGGAAGACGUCGUUUCGUCACCACUCCCUCCCACCGCCACCGCCGCCGGAGAUACAACAAACUUCGUAAACCCUAAUUACCCUAACCCUAAUACUUUCUUACCGCUUUAACGUAAAUCUCACAGUUUCGAGAUCGAAUCGGAGAAUUUAUUAAAUUUUUCACACCACUUUCAUUUAUCUGAGAUCUGAAGCAAACUGCAACAUAUCCACCGACUGAUUUGAGAUCCAGAAAUUUAUUAGCAGCUUGCAGAAAUUUGGCCCAAUAAGCCUAGGGCUUUCAAAUUUGGGGCUAUGGAUGACAAUAAUAUCAAUUGAACAACAUAGCUGUCAGGUGAAAGAAUUCACACAAAUCUAUCGGUUUCUCGAAGACCUACAACAGAUUGAUCGAAAAGAACGUGCCGAUUCACUUGUAGCAAGCUGUUGAUUCUUGGAUUCAGUUGAUCACUUGAAGUUGUUUGUUUUAAUCGAUAUCGUAGAGUUAGGGUUUGUUCUUAAUUAGCUAUAGUUAUCAAUUAAUAUAAAAGAAGCCCUAUUUGGUUAGUUUUUUAUUAUUUUUUUUAUUGUAGCACUUGGCUAAUUUAUAAUGGCCUGAGACAUACUGUACCAUUAAGGAAGAUUUAUUGUGGCGUUUUUAUUAUUUGUUUUCUUACUUGUUCUAUGCAAAACUAAGGGAGGAUUUAAGUGUUUGUUCAUACCAGACUCUCAACUUCUUUUGAGAAAAUUUUGUAUUUUUACAAGAUAUGAUGGGUACCCAAGGCUUUAAUGGUCAGAAAAAUGGCCAAAGAUUGGGCAUCACCGAGCCGAUAUCUUUGGGUGGACCAACUGAGUAUGAUGUAAUCAAGACUAAAGAACUUGAAGAGUUUUUGGCUGAGGCUGGACUGUAUGAGAGUCAAGAAGAGGCCAUACGUAGGGAAGAGGUUUUGGGACGGCUCGACCAGAUUGUAAAAAUCUGGGUGAAAAAAGUAAGCCGGGCAAGGGGGUUGAAUGAACAGCUUGUACAAGAAGCAAAUGCCAAAAUUUUCACCUUUGGGUCCUAUCGUCUUGGGGUACAUGGACCUGGUGCAGAUAUUGAUACACUCUGUGUUGGACCAAGACAUGCAGAUCGAGAUGAGGAUUUCUUCGGUGAACUUAAAAGAAUGCUUUUGGAGAUGCCUGAUGUAACAGAAUUGCAUCCUGUACCUGAUGCUCAUGUUCCUGUGAUGAGAUUCAAGUUGAAUGGGGUUUCAAUAGAUCUUCUGUAUGCAAGACUCUCACUUUGGGUUAUACCUGAUGAUUUGGAUAUUUCUCAAGACUCGAUACUGCAAAAUGCAGAUGAUAAAACAGUUCGUAGUCUUAAUGGAUGUAGAGUUACUGAUCAGAUCCUGUCGUUAGUGCCUAAUAUUCAGAAUUUUCGCACAACGUUAAGAUGCAUGAGGUUUUGGGCCAAACGACGUGGAGUUUAUUCAAAUGUUGCAGGAUUUCUAGGUGGCAUAAACUGGGCUUUGCUUGUUGGGCGCAUUUGCCAGCUGUACCCUAAUGCAGUGCCGAAUAUGCUAGUUUGUCGGUUUUUUAGGGUGUACACUCAGUGGCGAUGGCCAAAUCCAGUAAUGCUGUGUGCUAUUGAGGAAGGAUCACUUGGAUUGCAAAUUUGGGAUCCAAGAAAAAACCCCAAGGAUAAAUACCAUCUAAUGCCAAUUAUUACCCCAGCUUAUCCUAGCAUGAACUCUAGCUAUAAUGUCUCAUCAAGUACUUUACGAAUAAUGACUCAAGAGUUUAAGAGGGGUCAUAAUGUUUGUGAGGCUAUGGUGUUGAAUAAUGGUAGUUGGCUUGAACUGUUUGAGCCGUAUCGGUUUUUUGAAGCAUAUAAGAAUUAUCUGCAGAUAGACAUAGUUGCAGUGUGUGAAGAGGAUAUGAUGAAUUGGAAAGGCUGGGUUGAAUCCCGUAUACGUUACCUUGUAUUGAAGAUCGAAAGAGACACAUUUAAAUUGCUGCUGUGCCACCCACAUCCAGGUGACUUUCCAGACAAGUCAAACCCAUUUCACUGCAGUUACUUCUUAGGUCUUCAACGAAAAGAGGGUGUUUCUGUGAAUGAUGCCAAGAAAUUUGAUAUACGGUCGACAGUCGAUGAGUUUAAAGGUAACGUUGGUUCAUAUACAGCAUGGAAACCCGGAAUGGGCAUAAGCGUAACUCAUAUCAGGCGUAGGGACAUUCCCGCUUUUGUUUUUCCUGGUGGUGUUCGACCUGCACGCCCUGCCAGAGCCAGUGUAGAGGAAAGGCGGAAUGUCCCAGACACAAGUGCUGCGAGCAGUCUGGAUGCAGAUAUUAAUGUUGUUGACAGACCUGCACCUGGACCUGGACCUGGACCUGAUGAUGAUGAUACAAGGAAACGCCAACAGGAGGAUUACCAAGAGUUGCCCGCUCCCAAGCGCUUAUCCACUGAUGUAGGUUUGCCUACUGAGGGUACUAAUGUCAAUGAUCAAGCAGGGGUUAAAACUGAAAACAAUGACGAUAUCAUCAAUGGUCAAUUAGUUUCUGGAGAAACCGAGAAGCUGGCCACUGAUUCUGGUCUGUGUGAAUCCUAUCAGAGUUCCCCUCAGCAACUUGAAGAACUUGAUAGUUUUCAAGAUAAGAAUUUAGGUGGAACUUCUGUGAAUGAGAGCUUAGAAGAACUUGAGGCCCCUGAACUUGUUGUGCCCCUGCCGAGGGCUGCACAUGCUACAGCUGCAGCACAGAGAAAGCCAGUCAUCAGGUUCAAUUUUACCUCCCUGGCCAACAGUAGUUGAAUUCUGCAUUAGUGAUCAUGUACACACACAACGCUCCUUUGUUAGCCCGGAGUAUCAACUGAGUCUUUGAUUAAAUGUUGAUCAACUCUUGUACUUGGCUUGCAGUAUCAUAGUCAGAUUACAAUGUGUGUUGGUAUCGCUAUUCGUCUUUUUUUUUUUUAUGUGGCAACUUUUGGGGUUAUAAAUAAAACAUAUAUUUUUACU